UUCAUUUGCGCCUAACGUUCAAAAGUACCUAUAAGAGGAUAACAGUAGAAUUAAUACAUCACCGAAUUAAGUAUUUUCCACUGCUGUUUUAGGUGGUUUUCGUUUUGCAAGUUGAGUGUCAUGAGUACAGGACAUGUUGCACAGUCCUGGUCCGAAGAACCGCCUGUAGAUCGCCGACCGGCUGAAGCGUCUCGAGCUUGUCGGGCGCUCUUUGGGCCAACUGAUCGGGAAGAAAAUUUACGGUUUGUUCGAGAGGAGAUGGAUAAAAUUAACAACCUGGACAGAGAAAGGUGGAACUUUGAUUUUAAAAGCGAAACUCCUCUCAGUGGACGGUACGAAUGGAGUAAAGUUGACAAACAUUCCAAGCAUCAAGUAACAAAACAAACUUUUAUUCAGACUAUGGUGAUACAAAGUAAUAAGGACACGGCUAUUCCUGAUAAAGUCAACCUCGUCAAAAGUGAUUCUGUACCGGAUAAUCUUGUUGCUCCAGAGGACCAUGAUCUAACACGAAAGCCAAGACAGACACGAAUAACAGAUUACAUGCAGAAACGUAAACAAUCAAGGAUGGAUCUCCGUAACAGUGACCCCGACGUUGGAAUCAAGAUUCUCCGUAGAGCUUCGUCCUGAACCAGCAGGGGCUGGCAGAUGAAGAGUUACAGAAAUAAGAAUUUAUCAAGACAAGAAUUGAAGAAAUUUCGUAACUACCUACGUUCUAUAAGAAAAAAGCUGCCCAAAUGCGAAUAUUAAUAGUAAAUAAACUAAAUAUAACAUAUAAAUUUAAAAAUACGAGCAUAUUAUGUUAGUUAAGUGCGUUAAACUUAUUUAAUGCUUUUUGAAUUUUAUAUUGCAACUUCAAAUUUGAUUCAAAUCUAUAAUUUAAUAAAUAACUUUAAUAAAGAUGUUAUUACAAUUUAAAACAAAAUAUUUUGGUUCUGGUUUCGGAGUACUUUUAAAAAACAUGUUUAUACGUUUAAUUGCUUUGGUGUAGACUCUUUUCAAUUACAAUUUGAACAGUUUGAUAAACAUGAUAAAACAAGGGAAGUAUUUUUAACAAGCGGUAAUAUUUUUAAUAUAAUGUAUUAAACUCAAAAUGGGUCAUUUUUUAUCGCUAUUAAAAACAAAAAUAGAGCAUGUGUCUUAUGUAGUCCGGUCGAUAGUAAUUCGAUGUCAUAAAAUGUGUUCUGUUCUCUGUGCCGUCAAAUUUAUGCUUGAGUUUGACCUUAUAACAUUCACGAAGUAUGUGGCAGCAUAUAAAUUUUCACUUCAAUCGCUGUGUUUCGGAGCACGUGUUACAUGGGAAGGAGCUGAGUUUCGGAGCACGUGUUACAUACGAAGGAUAUGUAACUAUUUUUCAAUCUAAAAGCUAAUCAAGCCUUCGAUGUGUUAUUAAAUAUAAUUUAUCUGUCUGGCAAAUGUCUGCAAGUUUUCUUCGACUGGAGGGUAAAUAAGUCACACUUAGAAUUCAUACCUGUGUAACUUUUUCUGUGACUUGACAACAUAUUCAUAAUUCUUAUUGGUUUAUGCUCAAAAUAUUUCCAUAAGUCAGGGUUAGACAAUAUAACGUACAAAUGUUCAAGAAACCACCGAAAAUUAGUACAGAUUUGUUAUUUCGUAAAAUGGCAAACAGCAUGUCAUUAAACAUUGUAAUGCUUUAGUUCGUUCUUGUUUAAUCGAGUUUUGACCAAACUUUGCUGUUUUUAUUUUGUUAUAUAUAUAUAUUGCUCAGUUGAUAAACUAUGCUAGUUUUUAGUUUGUGUUAUUGUAGCUAAACUUUCAUCAAACAUUUAUUUCUAGUUUGGUUCAAGUUAACUUACCGUUUAGAUUUUAUUUCUUAUGGAUGUGAAUCUUGUCACUAUAUAGAUCCAGGAAUUCCUAAUGAUAUGCAAUUCCCAAUAUUAUUCUUACGAAGCUGGUUAUUAAUCCGAAACGCUGAUUUUGUUUUUGUUUUUAAAUUCGUGGCGAAAUAAGUAUUUAAUUUUAAUUUAAGUACUUACUUAAUACGUAAAAAGAGAAGUUACAACAGAAUAUAUACAGAAUGUUCAAUAAACAAAUGUGAUAAUCAUAUAAAGCUUUUCAGUCCACUAGUGUCACGGUUCUGUCUUCGUAUUUUUUUUUAUUUUUAUUUUUUAUUCCUGUAAACUCCCAGUGGAGCAUAGGGCCGC